GGGGGGAAGCUCGUUUCAUUUUAGGUUAUGUUAACAACAACAAAAAAUGAUCAUUUGUAAUAACAAACUACAGUUAAUUGUUUAAAACACUUCCAAAAUUAUUCAAUUAAAAUAAAUUUAUCACUUAUUUUAUCAUCUAGUUAUUAUUUUCUAAUUCAAUUUACUGGUCCACAGAAAUAUUGAAAUGCCAGAAAUAGUCAAAGAUAUGGAUUGGCAAUUUGGAGUGACUGCAGCAUGCAGUAACAAAGAGCAAGUUGGUAAGACCUUCUUCUACCUCAAACUGAAUGUCGAAUCGGAAGAUGGAAGUCAAAGAGUUGUACACAUGGAAAUGAGCUUAUCCCAGUUCUACAGCUUUCUACAUCAGUUGGAAAAGGCGAAAAAUAGCUUGGACUUUUUACCUUGACAGUAUAAUAAGUUAUUCUCAUUGAAAGAACAAUAUUGAGGCCUUUCAACGCUUGACCGCAUUGGUUUUCGUAAUUAUGAAAAAGAUACU